AUGACAAAUGGCAAGCAUUUUGCAUGGUGUCCGACCAAGGGACUUGGGAUCCUAGUCUAUUCUCUUCAGCUCCACGCGAGCCGACUUGCAUUCUUGGAUCACACUCGGACUGGGAUAUCCGAUUACCAUUCUCAAGAUUUGGCCAUGGAUCACAAAGGUCUCGACGGCAAGGGGUGCUACAACGCCGGCCAUGGGUUGAGCACACGUCCAUCUCGGCCAAACUCACGGUGCCGAGGGUCACUUACACUUUGUACUGCGUUCGUACUGCAUGCAUACUACGGGCGUACUGCGGACGUACUGCGGGCAUACUACAGGCAUACUGCGGGUGUACUACAGGGAUACUACGGGCAUACUGCGGGCGUACUGCGGAGCGAUCCCUUUCAAUGGGAGUGGAGGAACUUCUAUUUCAUUGCAAAGAUCCUAACUAUGCUCUACAUGUACCUUCGUGCCCGAGGUCAGGUUCCGGGGCUUGUGAAUGCCCCGGUCGAGGAGGUCCUGUCUGACAGUGAAGAAGACGAUGAAGAGGAAGACAGCAACCCUUGGAAGCGCGUCAAGAAUGAGCCCGAAGAAAUGCAGAACCGGCGAUGA